AAACAAACCAACCCCCUUCCUGACCGCCUUUUUUUGUCCCCACACGCCCCAGAGAGAGAGAAAGGGAGGGAUCGCCAGACUCCCUCUCCGGCGGGCAGACUCCGAGGCCGCGAGUGUGCCUGCCCGGCCGGGGUCCUUUGUCCCCCUGCCCUGUCCACGAUGCAGUCCGGCGGCGGCGGCCCCGGCGUGGCGCUCAGCUGCGGGCUGGUCUUGGUCUUCGCGGUCCUGCUCCAGACCAUCUGCGUGGCCAUCACCUUCCUUUAUUUCACCAACGAACUGCAACAGAUCAUCAAGUGUAAGGAUGUGUCCCUGAAGACCAAGACCGAGAUCAUCCACACUCUU